AUGGGGGCUAUGGCACUGAGCACGCUGCUCCUGCUGCUGGCGGCUGCCCCAGCCCCGACCCAGCCCCGCGCGGGAUCACACUCGAUGCGUUAUUUCCACACUGCCAUGUCCCGGCCCGGACUCAGGGAGCCCCGUUACAUGGAAGUUGGCUACGUGGAUGACACGCAGUUCGUGAGCUUCGACAGCGAUGCAGAGAAUCCGAGGAUGGAGCCACGCGCACCCUGGGUGGAGCAGCAAGUACCAGAGUAUUGGGAGCAGGAGAAAUGGAGAGCCAAGUACAAUGAGCAGGUUUUCAGAGUGAGACUGAGGAACUUUCUCAGCUACUACAACCAGAGUGAGGGCGGCUAUCACACCUACCAGUGGAUGUACGGCUGUCACGUGGGUUCAGACGGGAGCCUCCUCCGAGGGUACAUGCAGUACGCCUACGAUGGCCAGGAUUACAUUGCCCUGAAUGAAGACCUGAAAACGUGGACAGCAGCGGACGUGGUGGCCCAGAUCACCCAACGCAAGUGGGAGCAGACUGGUGAAGCAGAGAUACACAGGGCCUACCUGGAGGGCGAGUGCUUAAAGUGUCUCCACAGACACCUGGAACUCGGGAAGGAGACACUGCUGCGCUCAGAACCACCAAAAGCACAUGUAGCCCAUCAUCAAAGAGAAGAAGGCGAUGUCACCUUGAGGUGCUGGGCCCUGGGAUUCUACCCUGCUGACAUCACUCUGACCUGGCAGUUGAAUGGGGAGGACCUGACCCAGGACAUGGAGUUUGUGGAGACCAGGCCUUCAGGGGAUGGAAACUUCCAGAAGUGGGCAUCUGUGGUGGUGCCUCUGGGGAAGGAGCAGAAUUACACAUGCCAUGUGCAACAUGAGGGGCUGUCUGAGCCCCUCACCCUGAGAUGGGAGCCUCCUCCAUCCACUGACUCUAACAAGGUGAUCAUUGCUGUUCUGGCUGUACUUGGAACUGUGGCCAUAACUGGAGCUGUGGUGGCUUUUGUGAUGAAGAGGAAGAGAAAUACAGGCAGUAACAGCUUCCAGAGCUCUGAUAUAUCUCUCCCAGAUUUUAAAGGUGACACUCUGGGUCCUGACUAGGAAGGGGCAAUAUGGACAUGAUUGGGUUUCAGGGACUUUCAGAAUCCCCUGUGAGUGGUGGGUUGUUGGAAUGUUUUCUUCACAGUGAUGGUUCAUGACUCUUGUUCUCUAGCAUGAAGACAGCAGCCUGGAGUGGACUGAGUAACAGAAGAUGUGUUCAGUUUCUCCUGUGAUGUCCAGAGCCCUCAGAUUUAUUUAGACAACAGUGUCUGCUGAUCCCUGUGAGCCUGUGGGCUCAAUGUGAAGAAAAAUAGAGCUCAGUCUACCCUUGGACACAAGGUCCUUGUCUCUGUACUGCCUGUGUUCCCUUCCACAGCCAACCUUCCUGGUCUAGGGUGCAUCUGCAUCCUGUCAGCUUCAUGCUGCCCUGAGCUGCAGCUCCUCACUUGCACAUUGAGAAUAAGCAUCUGAAUGUGAACUUGAUUGUUUACAUGUUGACCUGAGGGUUGAUUGACAGGUAAAUAAGGGAUUGGAAAUACUUAGAGUUUGUGGAGGAAAUAAAUGGCAGAUGGAGAAGCUUCCAGAAUUGUGUCACUAUGUUGUGGGUAUCUGGUGAGACUGGAUAAGGCUGUGGGAACUGAAUGUAAAUAAGGAUGUGCCCAGAUGAGAUCCUUGUUAUCUAAGACAAGGUCACACUCAGCUCUGUCUCCUCCGGACUCUGUUCUCUUCAUCACUGUGAAGCACAGGCUGAGAGUCUAUGAUCACAGGGAGACUGAAUGGCCAGAGCCUUGUCCUGUCCACAAGAUUAUGAGCAGCCCAGGCUGCUGUCUUAACUGUGGCUCUUUACUUUGUUUUCUAUGUUUAUUUCUUGUGUUUUUAGUUUGUAUAGAGGAGUGGGCCUAUUCUUGUUCCUGAAAGUGCUUCCUGUAUGGUUUUCCUCAUAGAUGUCCAAGUGUGACAGCAGUAGGAGGUGUUGUUACCAUUCUUGUCCCCACCAGACACAACAAGGGUUCUUGUCUCAGGACACUUUGCCUACACAGAUGAACUAAGCUCUCCUGAGUUCCUGCCUCCUUCUAUGCUCCUCUAUUGAGUUCUCCCCAUUUUUCCCAUAUUUCCCCAGUUAACCCUGGAUUGCAGGAUCCACACAGAGAAGGGAUCCACAGGCUCUCAUGAAAGAUCUGGUCCUCUUGGACCUGUGCUGUGCCCAUGGCCCCUGUCCUUCCCUGGCUCCGAGGAUCCUGAUGCUGACUUUAGAGAAGACUCCAGGGUUGAUAGAAUGAGUCUACUUUAGAUUUAUGUUUAUUUUAAAAGCUGGUCCAGGGACCAAAUAGAUGGCCCAGGGCAGAGACAAACUGUGCUGCCCUGUAACUCUUAUCAUGGGGUUUUGCCUUCCACACUUUUACUGACAUGGAUGAGGUAUGAUCUGAUUGUAACAAGGAAACCAUGGUAGAAAUAAGUGACACACAUGUUUUUACUUCAUUUAUCUUUCUUUCCAUGGGAUGAAGAUCCUGUCGCACCUGGUGUGAAUCCUUUGCCUCCUCUGUCCAUGGUCCACACUGUUCACAAAACACAAGCCUGAGGUGCUCAGAGCAGACUCAGAUGUCAGAUGCACAGAUUCACUGUCCUAAUUCCUUGGUCGUUCUUUCUCUUAGCUCUGUUCAUCCCUCAUCUUCCACCAACAUGGGGGUGAACGCAGGGCAGUGGGGAGGCGGAGGAAAUAAAUCACAUCUAUUACAGUACCCUGUUGUCAGCAUUCUGCAUGCAACAGUUAAUCAUCUCUUACUGCAGUUGAUGUAGCAACCUUUUCAUAGGAGUGCGUACACAGUAACACAUAGAGUGCAGACAGGGUUUACCUCUGUACAGGGUUCAGACACAGGCUCAGACUAGGAAUCUUUUCCCCCACAGAAAAGGGGACUACUGUAAUGAAGGAAUUUGUGGCUACACGUGUUUGUUGAUAAGUGGUCUCAAGAUUUAAAUAUGUUAGACUGGAAAAGCAAGGGAAGCACUUGGGGAGGGCAGCAGGAGAGGCAGGACAGGGAGAUUAGAGGGCCAUGUUUUAUAUGUGUGUAAAUGCCACAAACUAGCUGAGCAUAGAGGUGUGCUGCUGACUCCAGAACCCCAUAGGGGGAUCCAGAAUCUUAGGGGUUCAAAGCUUGUUUCCUGCAGUCCCUGAUGCUGUGAGACAGAGGAGCUGGUGAGCACUCCUUCAGGAAAGGCUGCAUCCCCACACUCCUAGGACACCUAGGGCUCUGCCUGGGAACAUGCAGACACAGAGGAGCACCAUGUGAGAAGUGGUUGGGAAGAAGAGGAAUGGCACCUAAGCUGUCACUCACAGCUCACCCAGCUUAUUCUACAGGAGCUUUGUGUGUGCACAAGUUUUACAGGACAAAGAUAUUAUGGAUAAAUAUUUGCUUGCUGUACCAAGGACCCAUGAAUCAAGGGAACAGGAUACCUUAGGGUCUCAUCUUCUCCUUCCAGGGCACCCCGAUGUCCAUUCCUGCCACUGAGAAGGCUGGAAAAUGGCUCAGGAUUUGUCACAGGAGUUCUGUCACCCGCUGUCAUCAUUGCCUUCCCUGGAUGAACUGAGGUCACUGAGUCAGGAUGACAUCUUAGCUGCUGCUCCAGCCCCAUGUCUGCCUGCCUGCUUGCUGCCAUGCUCCCCACCAUGAUGAGAAUGUACUAAGCCACCGAAAUCAUAAGCACGCCCAGAUUAAAGGCUUUCUCUUUAAAAACUGCCUCAGUCAUGGUUGCUCUGCAUAGCAAUACCACAAUGUCUAAGACACAUCAUUUCGUAGUUUCUGUCAUCUAUGUCCCCAUCCAUUCAGCAGUCACCUCACCUUGAAGCAAGAUGGAUCCUAAUGCUCAUGAAGACCACACCCAAGGGACCAUCCCUGUUCCUCUGCUGAUGUCACUCUUCUGCUCAGCUCUGGCUCCUCAGAGCAGAUCAGCCUUGUUGGUAAACCUAGAACCAGACUACAAACUGCUCAGGAGAUUCAAAUUCCUGAGUUCAUAUAAAACUGACACAAACAUUUUAUAGAACUCUGAACUCAAAAAUACUGAAUCCUAAG